GCGCGCUCCUUUUCCUAGGAUUUCCCCUCUUGGCUUCCAGCAGAGACCCAGCGGGAUCAUUCCCCUCGGCUCCUCGAGUUCAGACCCGGAGGACCGGGAAGGCAGGGCCGAGGAGGGAGGUGGGGUUCUCGGCGUUGCUACAACCAAAAGGCUCCCUUCGCGCAGCCGCCGCGUCCCUGGCAGCCGAGCAAAGCAAACGUCAGUUUGUUUAACAAUCGCCGAGUAUAAAAUGCUCCAAUCAUAGAGGAGACUCGCGGAGGGGGGAAAUAAGGCUGAGGUCAGCGCAAAGCCAACAAGCAGCAGCGGAUCUCCCUUCGCCGAUCUUCCCACCUUUGAUACUCUAGGGCAGCUAAAAAGAAAAUACCCGGGAAGCAGGCACAUCGAUGCUAGCGGUUUUGUAGGAAGGGAAGUCUCUUUCCCCCAAAGCUUCUAGAUCCAUCCUCCAUUCACCCCUGAUCUCUCUCACCUUUGAAAGGGAGCCAUGGCUGAUAGCCUGAGAAGACUGAUCAACAACGAGACCUGCAGGAUUUUACAGGAGAAGUUGGAGAACUGGUAUAAAGAUUAUCACAUUAACUCAUGUGAUCAGAAUCUGACCCGAUGCUGUGAAAUCAUGGAACUGAACUCCAUGAUUCAGGGGCAGCUCUUCACAAUCCUGAAUAAAACAAGCCAAGAAGGUGGACAUUAUGCUGGUGUGGAUACAAUAAAGUCUCGUCUGUUGCCAUGGCUGGGCACUUGUUUUUCUAGCCACACUUGUGGAAGCUCUUCUCACUUGCAGGAAUCACGUGAAAAAGACAGAUGGAUGAAGGAAUUGGCCUGCACCCGGGACCAGGAAAUACAUCAGCUGGAGAAAGAGCUGAGCAGCACUCGUUUACAGCUCAGUUUUGUACAACAAGAGCUAAAGGCUUCUCGGGUAAAAGAAGAGUGUGCUUUGAAAAAUCUGGACCGGAUGAGUGAUUAUGAGCAGCAGCUUCAAACCCUGAAGGAUGAGAUUGCCAUCCUUGGUGCUCAAAAAUCUCUUCUCCAAAACAGACUUGCACUAAGCCGAUCUCCUUCCCCGAGAUCUAUCCGAAGCAGAUCACCUAGUCCGCUUCCCAAGAGAAGUUCCUCACCCGGACGAGCGAGACUUACAAACGCCUCCCGACAUGCUCGCCUUGUGGAACGCUUCAGUGACAUUUAUGCUCAGGAACGCUUGGAUGCUCAAAGCCUCUUGAGAAGUUAUGUCGACGAUCUGGAGAUGGUUCAGAGAAUAAUCUAUACUGCAGUUGUGGAGUCUUUCCGUGCCGCAAAGAUGGCCUUCAGGCAGUUCAAAAUGCGUGUUCGGAAGACCCUGUCCCUAAGUUACUCAGGGCCUGAAUCACUUGAAGACAUGGCCAUGGACUACAUUGUUCGCCAGGAGGAUCUGUAUGAUGUUCAAGCCAGCGUCUGCGAGGUCAUUCGUGCAAUGAAUAUCAACCCAAAGAUUUCCUUCCCACCGGAAACCGAUUUUAUCAUGAUCAGCGGCUUAAUACGUGAGUUGUGUCGCGUCGCCUUUUCGAUGCAGACUUUGGAUCCUCCGCUUGACAUUUCUUUUGGUACGGAUGGAGAACUUUUCAGCGAGUACAAAUACCGUCGCAGCUACGACUCUGAAUUUACAGCUCCCUUGGUGGCCUAUCAUGUAUGGCCUGCUCUGAUGGAAGAAGAUACUGUCCUGGUGAAAGGAGAGGCAGUCACAAGAAGAGGCGCUGUGUGGUCUCAAAGGGGUAGAAGCAGAAGCCGCAGCCGAAGCCGCAGCCGCAGCUGUAGCUUGAGGCCCCUCUCUCCUAGUGCAGGCCACUCCCGACAUUUGCGAUCCCGAAGCCGCAGCUCUUCCCCGUUAAGGAGCGGAAGCCCAAGUAAGUGGGCCUGUGCAGAACUUAGACGAUCAUGGCUUUGAAAUGCUUGAGCAAUCAAGUAAAGAGAUAAUGUAACAAUCUGCAGGGUGUUCUUUUACAUAUAUACAUAUAUAAAAAAAACAGAACACAUUGGUCUUCAUUUAUGGGAUUUUCAUUUUUUUGUUGAUGUUGUAGACAGACUUCUGGUCUUUGUUUAUAUAAUUCACAUUUCAUCCAAAUUGUCCCAAACCAUGACGCCUUCUUCGUAUUUGUUGUAAUUAUACAAAAUCUCUGGUGGUGUCUUUUAGAGCUGCCUUUCUGGAGACUAAUCUCUCAAAGCCGCAAUCCAGCACAGAUCUAAACAGAACUAAACAACGCUUAAUAUCAUACUUAAUAUAAUUGGCUCAACCUCUAGGAUAAAAGCCAGUUCCAUUGCCAUUACUACUGCUGCUAGCCCUUUGAUUGGUCGCAGAUUAACCCAAAGUGCUUGUGUUCAUGCACACACCAUGUGUACAUAGAUGUAGAGAGGAGCCAAUCCACAUUCAUAGGCCUGCUAGGGUUGGGUAAAUUUCUCCACCCCGAAACAGUUUUUCUUUACUGUUGUCUGCCAGAUUGACACCAAUGGGGUGGAGGGAGAGGGAAAUAUGUAUGCUUGGGGUCCAAUCACAUUCCAUAGCUGUGUUGGGGAAGCAAGGGAGCUUUUAAUCCAGCAGAUACAAGGCUCUCCCAACACAAUCUGUUUGCUGCUAAUCGCUCUAGGCCUGCAGGGCUUUUUGUGUGCGCAUCUGGAUUUCUGGAGUGGACAUGCUUGCCCUGUUGGCCGAGCUGCCACCCUCAAAGAGAGGGUGUUAUUGGAUCAACUUACACAAAGAAUUCCUGGAUUGCCGAUACAGUCCUAUCUUGAAGUCCUUCGAUUGCAGAAGUUUACCCCCCAAAAAAGUUACGUACUGAAAUAUGUAUUUUUCUCCAAUAGGAAUUUAGGUUAACUGGAUAUGAUUUUUUGAUUCUGUACAUCUGGAUCAAUCUGCUUCUGUGGUGCCGCUUCCAGUUCCGAGAGUACCUCAAACCUCACUUAAAAUAAUGUGAACAGCAGCUUUGAAUCACUCCAAAAGGGGAGUGAAUGGGGACUGGUGAUUAUUAGUAUGGGUGGUUUUGUUUUUUGUGUUGGUUUUUUUGUAAUCCUUUUUUGAAGGGAAUGAAUGCAACAAAUCUGAUUAAAACUUGCAUAGGCGUUUUAAAAAAAUUGUUUGAUUUUUAAAACUUGUUUACACCAUUCUUCUAGCAACGCUUUCAGGAAAAUAGUUACUGUCGCAAGGAGUGCAGUGCCAAGAUCAUCUUUAUCUCACAAUGAUACACUUAACAAGACUGUUAAGUAUGUAUUCAGUACUAUGAUACACUGAGAUACACUUGAGAUACUGUACUUGGUGCUUAUUUAGGGCUCAGCUAAUGUGAAGUUAAGGUCAUUAAAGUCCCAGAAAAAUCAAUGGGAUGUAGACAUGCUGGGUCAUGCCAAUAAAAGCUGUUGGGACAAAGCACAGUCACAAAAGCAUAAAAUCUGGUUAAAGUGCUUGAUUUUGAAAUUACAGAAAAAAAUAACAUUUGUAUUUUGAAGAUUAUAUUCCGGCUGCUCUGUUGUCCAGUUGUAGCAUUUGGUGCUGAUAACAGUGUUUUUCUUCCAAGAGAUUGAGUGUUUUUCUCUUCUAUACCCCAAGUGGAACACAAUAACUGUUUGAGUCCUUGUAGCUAAGGUCUGCAUGGGUCAGAACAUUAUUCUAAUGAGACCAGUCUCUUAUUUCUGAUCCCGGACAUGGUGCUUCAGCAAAAUUGUGGGAUUUCCUUUUGUUACUACAAAACAAAAUGAGUUUUGCAUGGUUUUCUUCACUGAAAUUAUUUUGCCCUCUGGAAAUAAAAUUAUUUAGUCCUCUGGUUUCCAUAGGGAGUGUAGGCCUUCCCAGUUUAACGUACUUUGUAAUUUUCCUGAGUAGUGCAAAGUUUACAGCAAUGUUGCAAAUCCCCCAUUGCCUGCUUCAAAUAAGUGAUGGUCAUGUAGACCAACUGAAAUUCCACCACUGCUUUACAUGACCUGGGCAGACCUUUGAAGCUCUCCAUCCAAUAAAGCUCAUUGAAGAAAUGAACUGGCAACCAGUCUAAGUGUAAGAAGCACUCGCCCUUGAUUAUGGCAAUGUAAACAUUGAAAUUUUUACACCAAGAUAAAUUUAAUAGAGAGUUGCAAUCAUGUUGUAUGAUAUAUGUCAGGCAUAGGCAAACUUGGCCCUCCACAUGUUUUGAGACUACAGUUCCCAUCAUCCCUGACCACUGGUCCU